AACACUUCAUUGAGCAUGUGGCAGCCCUGCGUUCUUCAAAGCCCUUCCCAGCGCUCUCAUUGGCUGGUGGACUGUGAGAAACUCCAACAAGCCCAAGACCCACACAUUCAUAUGGAGAUUUGGGUGUAUAAAUACAGGGCAGAGGCAGAGAAGAAGGCAGCUCAGAUUCAACUGGCUCUUCGCACCGAGCAGGAACGCUCUAACUCUACAGCAAUGGCGCCCACUGUUUUUGGACAAGCAAGCUAUCCUAAGGAACACCUGACUCCUGCUCACAAGCUGAGAAAGCCAAUGGUGGAGAAAAUGCGCAGAGACCGCAUCAACACCAGCAUCGAGCAGCUGAAAUCCCUGCUGGGUCCUGAGUUCCUCAGGCAGCAACCCGACUCUAAGCAAGAGAAGGCGGACAUAUUGGAGAUGGCCGUGUCCUAUCUGAGAUGCUGGCAGCAGCAGAAGCAGCAGCAUCAGACCAGCGCGACCCCUGGCCUGAUGACGGGCAGCGACGGCUACUCCCGCUGCGUGCAGGAGGCCGUCAGCUUCCUGUCCCACUGUGAGGUCCAGACUCAGGCCCACCGACGGCUGCUCAGCCACUUCCAGGGCUUGCAGGGGUCCAGCCACAGUCCCUGCACCCUCUCCCCUCCUGGCUCUCCACUCCAUCAGGUCAGCUCCAGCAAGGGUCAGGCCAGCAGUGCUCUGUGGAGGCCCUGGUAGGAUGGAGGCAGCAUCACCUCCACACAGAGAGAAAGAGAAAUACGUCUGUGAACGUCAUGGACAGAAAGUUGAAGACUUACUGAAGUCUGUUUUAUAUUGUUGAGUGUUUUACUAGUGUAAAAGGGCACAACGUACCAGUAUUCCUUUGGAAGGACUGAAAUGAUUCAGGUUUUACUGAACAUGUACACCAUGUGUAUGCACAAUAUACACUUUAUAAUUUAAAGUGGUUACUCUGUCAUUGUGUUAAAUGUUCCUCUGGGGAAAGACAACUUUUGUUUGUUUGUUUUGCAAACGUCACUGAAUGAUCUUGUUGUAACACCCACAUUGGGUUGAAACUAUUUAAGUGUCUGAGACACUGUUUGAUUUCUGUGUUUAAACUACUGUCUAUCUUUGGUACUGAGUAUCACUGACUGAUACAUUUCAUCAGCUUGUUGUUGAUGAAUCAACAACAUCCCAUAAAUGGAUCCCAUGGAUCCUCUUUUACUGUAAAUCUUAUUAUGAUUAUACUUGAUUAUGACUAUGUGUAACCAUUUUUUGGCCUACUGUAUAUGUGAAGGAGUGUUGUACCUGUUAACUGUUCAGUUGUAAUGUUCAUGAUAGAUGUUUUUUCAUCUUCAAGUGAAUACCUUUUAUAAAGGCAUUUUAUGUCAAUCUUCACUGAAAGAAUCUGUUAAAUUGCUUCCUUGAGAAGUUUGCCUUUGAACUUGAAAAAUAAAUGGAAAACUUCACAUGAAGUUUUGCAAAUAUAAA